AUGGAAGAGAAAGCUUUCAAAUCUAUCCUGUACGAAACCUCUGCUGACGGAAAGACGGCGUUCAUCGUCUUGAACCGUCCUGCGCUUCUGAACGCUAUCGAUGAGCGCAUGCCAUACGAGAUCCGCUCUGCUGUCCGUCGAGCCAACGAAGACCGGAAUGUCCAUAUCAUCGUCGUCAAAGGUAACGGCGCAGGCUUCUGCGGAGGCUACGACCUCCAGGCCUAUGCCGAGCGAGCCGAGCGCGGGCAGACCGGCGGCAGCCAGGACCUGCGCAACGGAUACGAUCCCCUGGAGGACUACCGCAUCAUGGGCGAAUACACUGCAUGCUUCGCGGAGCUCUUCCACAGCCGCAAACCGACCGUAGCUCAGGUCCAUGGCGCCGCGGUGGCGGGCGGCAGCGACAUCGCGCUGAGCUGCGACCUGGUGGUCAUGGCCGACGACGCGCGCAUCGGGUACCCGCCGAGCCGUGUUUGGGGCUGUCCCACAACGGCCAUGUGGACGGCUCGGAUCGGUGCCGAAAAGGCAAAGAGAAUGCUUUUUACGGGGGACUUGAUUAGUGGGAAAGAAGCUGAGGCCAUUGGGCUUGUUAUCAAGGCUGUGCCACGUGCUCAUCUCGAGGAGACGACGCAACUUCUUGUGGGCCGCAUCAAGAGUGUUCCCUGCAAUCAAUUAUGGAUGUCUAAGCAGGUGGUGAACGGUUUUAUUGAGCCGCAGGUGGCGAGUGCGCAGAGGUUAGCGACUGUAUUUGAUGGCAUCACGAGGAAUUCUCCCGAAGGAGUGGCAUUCCAGCAGAUGGCGCAGAAAGAAGGCUUCAAGACGGCUGUUUCAGCUAGAGAUAACCCGGGAAGAACGGAUAGAUACCGGAAAAUGUGGAAGAGUAUGCUCUAG